AUGAGUGAAACAAGCUGCAGAUUGUGCCUAGGCGAGGUGCAUCCGGAUGAUAGAGGUUCUUCCAUAUUGGAGGCUUUAUUCCGGGGUGCGAUCAAUCGCGUGUUUUCAUUCGAGAUAAAGCAUAAUGAUAGCUUGCCCAUUUAUACAUGCAACGAUUGUUCGCAACAGGUGUGGGACUUCAACAGUUACAGCCAGUUGGUGCAACGCAAUCAAAACGUAUUGGAGGAAACGCAUUUGCCCAGUGACAAACUUUCAAACUUUACCGAAAGUACGGUACUGCAUCCAAUCGAUCCGGAUAAAAUUAAGAAGGAAAAUGUUGCUGCUGAUGAGGAGUUAGAAAACUCACCAGCAGUGCCUGCGCGUGUUCCUGAAGAUGAUGGUGUGUUGCCAGCUAUAAAAACGGAACCGAAUGACUGUGAUGAGCAAGAGGAACCCGUUCGAACACAACACGUUGUAAAAUGUGAGCUUAAUCUAAUCGAUAUAGAAGAAAACACGCUCAUAGAACAGGACGUCGAUCAGGUAACCGUUUUGGAAUCGACGAUCAAGGAUGAAAUAGUCGACAUUUCCGAAAGCGAUAGUGACCAGGAGGUCGACAGUAACGACGAUGAAACAAACAUUGCACCAACCGAAGAUUCAAUAACGAGUGCAGAUUGUAAAAACUUGAUAGAAAAGAUGAGAGAACGCAUCAGGGAACGGAUCGCAGCGAAUAAGCCAUCCUUCCGAUGUGAAAUAUGCGAUAGAUCAUAUUCCAGCGAACGGUACCUGAAAACACACAACGCCGUAGUUCACGCACCGUAUGUACGACGCAAACUUUGGUUUCCUUGCAAUCUGUGCAAUCGAUCGUUUUCCCACCAAACUUUGCUUAACGAUCAUCGUAAAACUCAUGAAACAGCAACACAGCUCACAACGCGGAGUAAAGCAUCGGAGGGAGCCAUAACGGAUGGAUCCGAUACGCUCUCGGAUCCAUACUCGUUUCGUUGCACCGAAUGCUGCAAAACAUUUACAUGCCACAAGAGCCUGCAAACGCAUAUGGACGUUAUGCAUCCGUUUAUGGUACGGGAACCCCAAACGUAUUCGUGCGACCAGUGCGAUCGAACGUUUGAUGAUUGUCGUAAAUUGACCAAACAUCGGCGGAAACACAAAUUUCAACAGUGUCCCGUGUGUAAGAAGAUACUGUUGAAACAAAACAUCGGUACACACAUCCUUGCCCAUCAGGGUGUGUUCCGCUGUGAUGUGUGCGACAAAUCAUUGUCGUGUAAGAAAAGUUUAAAACGCCACCUAGAAACGGUACACUCAAGUCCUCGCGAUCGUACCAAUCGCGUGUAUUCGUGCAGCAUAUGUCCACGGAAGUUUUAUCACAUUGUCCAUCUGCAAAACCACCGCCAACAUCAUAUCAUGCAAAAGUGUCCACUUUGUGACAAACUGGUAAGAAAAAGCAAUCUGUACGAACAUGUGGCGGCACAUAAGGGUGCGUAUCGGUGUAAACCGUGCGAUAAGCUGUACACAUCCAAGCUUGGUCUAAAGAUACAUUUAAAGCAGAAACAUGGUGCUGGGAUGUGA